UUCAGAUGUAAAUAUGACGUUGACAUAUUCAGUCGUGCUGAGCAGUGUGCUGUUGGCAGCGAGAUGUCACGCCCAACAGUUUCCCGCCAAAUUUAAAUUUGGUGCGGCUUCCGCGGCCUACCAGGUGGAGGGGGGAUGGAAUGCUGAUGGGAAAGGAGAGAGCAUAUGGGAUAGACUAGUCCACACAAACAAGGAUGCGAUCGAGGACGGCUCCACCGGAGAUAUCGCCGCUGAUUCAUACCAUUUAUGGCGGGAAGACGUAGAAAUGGCUUCGGAGAUGGGACUAGACUUUUACAGAUUCUCAAUAUCGUGGCCCCGAAUUCUACCCAGUGGUCUAUCGAAUAACAUCAGUUCAGCUGGCGUGGCAUAUUACAAUAACCUGAUCGAUGAAUUGCUGUUGCAUGGCAUACAACCCGUGGUCACUAUGUACCAUUGGGAUUUGCCUGUUAAACUACAGGAUUUGGGUGGAUGGACGAAUCCCCUCAUAUCAGACUGGUUCGAAUCGUACGCAGCAGUUUUAUACUCUCUUUACGCUGAUAGAGUAAAAACCUGGCUCACAAUAAACGAGCCCAUAGUCAUAUGCGACUUUAGCUACAAUGGAGGAGUUUACGCGCCGGGGAUUAAGGAACCAGAGCUAGCGCCGUACCUGUGUAAUAAGCAUUUGAUGAUCGCUCACGCGAAGGCUUAUAGGCUGUAUCAGAGAGACUACAAACAUAAGUAUGACGGUCGCAUUUCGUUAGCAAAUAAUGUCCUCUGGAUUGAGCCAUUUGAAGUACCAAGGGAUAUAGAACUGGCAGAACUUGGGCUGGAACAUAUGGUUGGUCGGUAUGCUCACCCCAUAUUCUCUAAAGAGGGAGGUUGGCCGAAACGCAUCGAAAAACACAUGUUGGAAUACAGUUUAAAGCAAGGCUAUAACAGUUCCCGACUACCAGCAUUUACUGAAGAGGAGAAGAAACUUAUACAAGGGUCAGCAGAUUUCUUCGGAUUCAACUACUAUACAGCGCGGCAAAUUCGGCCAGCGCGGGAGGGCGAGCAUGGGACUUGGUUCAUUGAUGGCUCGCCGGAACUAGACGCCAUGCUGGAAGUGCCACCAGGCGCCACGUUCGGCGCUACCGAACUUAUUGCUAUAGUUCCGAGAGGGUUACGUGAGAUGCUAGUCUAUUUGAAGAACACGUACGGUGACAUCGAGUACCUUAUCACUGAAAACGGAUAUCCGGGGUGGAAGGACAUGGAGGAUCACGCCAGGAUAGACUUCAUUAGAGACCAUUUAGAACAGUUGCAUAUAGCGAUAGAAGAAGACAACGUGACUGUAAGUGGUUACACGUACUGGUCGCUUUUGGACAACUUCGAAUGGCUCGGCGGUUAUGGGAUAAGAUUCGGCAUCUACGACGUAGAUUUCGACGAUCCAAAACGCACCAGAACACCGAGACUAUCAGCGAAGUACUACGCCUGCGUCAUUGAUGGCAAUUCCUACAACGUGUCACUCGAAUGUAGCAACAGCCCAACCACCGCCUUCUCGAGAAUACCCACUAAUGGGGAUUCAGUACGAAAUUGUGUUUCCAUUCUAGUCUGGAUGUUUACUGUAGCGUUACGGUUUAUAUAACGAAGUA